AUGAUUAUCUACCUGAAGAUCAUGCAAGAAAAGCUUACGAGGAGCACGUUGAUAAUUGCGCGUCAAAAAGCUCGAGAAUCAGCACUCCAUUAUGGAUUCGAUACAACUCCUCCGCAGAAAGCUCAGUCGCCAUUUUGUAGUACUCCUUGCAGACGUAGAAAAGGGUUGAAAUGCAUGCAUCCGUGUCCGAGAAGCGUACAUAAGAAGCACAAUCACAAUACGAAAGCACUAUCUCUUUCAGUCGAGAACGACGGGCAUGCACACCUCGCUAUAUCCGAGCUUGCAGAUCUCGCUCUACCUCUAGUCUCAGAGGGUAUAAAUUGAGAGCUAGAUACCCAGACAGCGAUUGGAGACGAAAAUUAUCAAAUGUCUAGAAGCUCCCACGGACGUUCCCCUGGAUCGGAGCCAUCCAAUCGCAAAAGACGCGUAUUAGAUGAGAUCUUCUCUGAUAUGACUUUGACAUCCAGUAAUGUAGAAGGACCCACUAGCGAAUUUGAGCUCCUAAACAUUCGACUAAUGAUAUUCGAAGCUGGGCCGUUCAAAACUAUCAAACGUGUCCAUAUAAGCAGGGAGAUGUCGGCUGCACUGACAUUAAAGGAGGCCAUUGAUGAGCUGAUGGACCGGAGAAAUGGGUUAAUUUAUGAACAACAUCCUUAA